AUGUGGUACUUGAGUUGGCAGAGUACCAGCUCGAGGAAUUUCGGGUUGGAUUUCGUGCCCACCUUCCUUGUGUGGUUCUUGGGCUGGUACUAUUUGGACAGAUGGGUCACUGGCACGAGGAGCUUCAAGUUCGGUUUCACGUCCGCCUUCGUUCGGUGCUACUUGAACAGGUACUAUUUGGACAGAUGGGUCACUGGCACGAGGAGUUUCAGGUUGGAUUUCACGUCCACCUUCUUUAGGUGCUACUUGGACAGAUGGGUCACUGGUACGAGGAGCUUCAGGUUGGGUUUCACGUCCGUCUUCGUUAGGUGCUACUUGAACAAGUACUAUUUGGACAGAUGGGUCACUGGCACGAGGAGCUUCAGGUUGGAUUUCACGUCCACCUUCUUUAGGUGCUACUUGGACAAAUGGGUCACUGGUACGAGGAGCUUCAGGUACUAUUUGGACAGAUGGGUCACUGGCACGAGGAGUUUCAGGUUGGAUUUCACGUCCACCUUCUUUAGGUGCUACUUGGACAGAUGGGUCACUGGUACGAGGAGCUUCAGGUACUAUUUGGACAGAUGGGUCACUGGCACGAGGAGCUUCAGGUUGGAUUUCACGUCCACCUUCUUUAGGUGCUACUUGGACAGAUGGGUCACUGGUACGAGGAGCUUCAGGUACUAUUUGGACAGAUGGGUCACUGGCACGAGGAGCUUCAGGUUGGAUUUCACGUCCACCUUCUUUGGGUGCUACUUGGACAGAUGGGUCACUGGUACGAGGAGCUUCAGGUACUAUUUGGACAGAUGGGUCGCUGGCACGAGGAGCUUCAGGUUGGAUUUCACGUCCACCUUCUUUAGGUGCUACUUGGACAGAUGGGUCACUGGUACGAGGAGCUUCAGGUUGGGUUUCACGUCCGUCUUCGUUAGGUGCUACUUGAACAAGUGA